CUUCACAGAUACGAGUUGGUUGCUAGACUGCAUCUAUUACGUCGUUCUGAAACGUUCUCGUGUUAUUAAGUGAUUUUCCUCUGAAAACUGAAUAAGCGUUAAAAAGUCGAAACGAUGUGAUAGCACGUGAUCAUGUCGUCGAUGCUGAUUGUUUUCGGGUCCAUCGCCGUGUUCACCAUGUCUGGGUUGUGCUGUCGUCCUAAUGAAUAUGAAACUACGGCUGGGGAUUGCUGUCCGAAGUGUCUUGAAGGUACGUUUGUUCGUCGAGACUGUACACCAAAAUUGAGACCACGGUGCAGCCGCUGUGAGAAUGGGACUUUUAUGAACAAACCCAAUGGCCUGAACAGGUGUCUUCCCUGCAGUUCCUGUCAACAAAGUCGUGGCCUCUAUGUCAAACAGGAGUGCACAGCAAUACAUGACACAGUGUGUGAUGUUUUAAGUGGGUAUUUCUGUAAAAGCUUGACAGAAGACACAGGAUGUAGUCUGGCAGAGAAACAUACACACUGUGUCCCUGGUCAAAGGAUUAAAGAAGCAGGCACCAGCAGAGCUGAUACAGUGUGUGAGGACUGUCAGUCAGGCUUCUUCUCUCAGGAUGGUGUGAACUGCACAGCUUGGAAGACGUGCACAGAAACCCAACCAAAGGUCAAAGAAGGAAGCACGAGCACUGAUGUCGUCUGUGGAAGUGCUUCAAGAAAUCGUUACUUUUAUAUUCCCCUGUUGUUAUUAUUAUUACCAGUUUCUGGGAUUGUGAUCAAAGGUUAGUAUUUGUUUUGCAUCAAUACUUUGAUUAGCUAACAUCUAACUCAACUUCUCAUUUUCUCCUCCUCUGUGGGUGGUUUCUUUCUCUUGGUUUCUUGCUUUUGCAUUUCAGACCAUUGACAAAGUAAUACAGUACAUGUCUCCUAAAUAUUGAUUUAAUCAGUUGCCAGCAUGCAAAUGCUUGUCUCAACGUGUUUGUUUGACGCCUGUGUUUGUUUUAAUAUCACACUUUUUCUAUACAAGUUAUGAUGAGCUAAAUUUGUAGUAUGCAAUGCAUUAUGACAGACAGGUAAACAGUCAUGAUUGUGACUGAUGAAAGGCAAGAUACGGCUGUAUUAACAGAUACAACUGUUUAUGGGCCUGUGAACUAUGUAAGGUGAACUGUUUAGGAUAGUGAAACACUGUCUAAGGUAGCAAAACACUGUGACCUCAUUUUAAUGAACUGUGAGUCUGAAAACAACAUCUCAUUGUGACCUUGCAUAAAACAGUUAUUUUUUUUUUUUAAAGAAAAGAAUGUACGAGGCCUGUAAGAGGCCUGGAAAUAAUGCUGCCAUGAUGCUUUGGGAGCUCAUCUGACAUUUCCUCUUGCACCACCAUGCUGUUGACAUUGGUCAUUAUAGUGAAAUGUCUCAAGUUACUGGAUUGAUUUAUAUUUUAUAUAAUUUAUAUAGUAUUUGUAUGGCUUGACAUUUCUUAAAUGCGAUAGUAACUAGCCUGUAAACAUUCCAUUUUACUUAUAUAUGUUUAAAUUGUAGGAAAGUCGCUAGCUUAAAUGCUACAAUAAUGGAGUUUGUUACAGUCCUGCCUGUGAGACAUUUUUGUUCCUGUUUUCCCAGGUACACAUUAUUAUUAUUUAUAUAUAUAUUAUUGACUACUGUUGCCAGUUUGCUCCAUGCUGUCCAUGUGUGUAUGUUUGUCGCGGAGUUUAUUACAGUCCUGCCUGUGAGACAUUUUUGCUCCUGUUUUCCCAGGAUAUGGGCAAUAAAUGGCGAGUUGAACCAAA